ACCAUGUGACUCCGUGUUACUCUGUUAGAGUUUGACAGUAACGUCAAACAGUACAGGUUAAACAUUUAUAUCUUUUAAUAAGCUAUAAAUUAAGUACCGGAGUAUAAUACAAAAUAGGCAAAAUGUUGCGAUAUGAAGGAAUUAGAUAUAUUUCUGAUAAACAGAUGGUUGUACUGGACAUUGGCAGUGCCUAUACCAAAUUCGGCUAUGCAGGUGAAGCUACGCCACGAGGAAUUAUAAGAACCGAGGUUAAGUGUCCAGAAAGCAAGGAGAUUAGAAGAAUCUUUAAUUAUAUAGAUAUUGAUGACCUAUAUCAGCUUCUUGUGGAAUUUUUACAUUUAUUAUUUUUCAGGCACGUUGCCAUAAGUCCAAAAGAUGUAAGAAUCGUUGUGUUGGAAUCUUUGUUGACUCCCACUCAGUUUAGAGAGACAUUAGCCAAAGUGCUAUUUCGUCAUUUCGAAGUUGGUUCUUUGAUGCUUUUACCAACUCAUUUAGCAACCAUUAGUACGUUAGGUACUGACACUGUUCUGGUUCUUGAUGUUGGAUACCAGGAAGCUACAUUGAUUCCAGUGUAUGAAGGAGUUCCUAUUCUUAAAGCAUGGCAAGCUUUACCUCUUGCUGCGUGCGCAGUACAUGAAUGUAUAAAGAAGGAUUUAACUGACUCUAUACCGAAUCUACGUAUUCCAGAGAAAACUGUUGAAGAUAUAAAAGUGAGAACAUGUUUCGUAACGACUUUAGAGCGGUCAGCAAAACUAGGGACAGAUGAUGCUCCAUCUCCACCACCUGCUGUUAAGUACCCUGGUUUAAAAACUAUUGAAAUUCCUGGGUAUGUCAGAGAAAGAGCCUUUGAAGUCCUGUGGGAACGGGAUAACGAUAAUCUUAGUAUAUCUACUAUGAUCUUAGAUGCUAUUGUCAAGUGCCCUGUAGACACUAGACGACAGCUGGCAGAGAAUAUUUUAUUGAUUGGUGGAACAACAAUGGCAAAAGGUUUCGCUAGUCGUCUUAAAUCGGAAUUAAAUACUUUACUUAAGAGUGAUCUCUAUUCGGACAAAUUAAAGAUACAAACUUUUAAAUUUCAUAAAGCACCCAGCAAACCAAACUACACUGCAUGGCUUGGCGGUGCUAUAUUCGGAAUUGCAGAUUUGCCUGCAAGGUGUCUUACGAAAGAGAAUUAUUUAAAAAGCAAUAGAGUUCCAGAUUGGGUUUGUCUGCUAGACAAUCAGAAGGAUGAUACUUCCAAUUGUGGAAUUUAAUUUUAAAACUAAGUAGUAUCUAUAAAAUAUUCACGGUAAUAGGCAAAUAUGAUACUGUGAAAUAUUUAAUUUAUUACAUUGUGAAACUUCUCAGUAUACUAAAAAAUAAGCAGUCUUGUAAUACUAAUUUAUAAAGCAUAACUGACGCCUUUGAUCAGUUUCUUUAAUUCACGCUGUCUCAAAAUUAAAGCUAGUUAAAGACAAUGUCGUGGGAAAUAAAAGUAUUGCACUAAA